AUGUCGUUAACAGCCGACUCUUUGAAGCAAAUAAUCCAAGACAGGCUUCAGGCCAGCUUAGUUCAGGUGGAGGACAUGUCUGGAGGGUGUGGCCAGGCGUUUGCCGUGGUUAUAGUGUCGGAGGUGUUCAAGGGCAAGAACAAGUUGAUGAGACACAGAUUGGUCAACACUGCCUUGAAGGAAGAGAUAGCAGGCAUUCAUGCAUUCACACAGAAGGGAUUCACCAGCGAGGAGUGGUUGGCCCAGAACAAGGUCAAUCCCGUCAAUGAGGAACCCAUCCAUGCCAAAAAGUGA